AUGGACUUGUCCGGUGGAAUUCGGAAGCCUGUUAUCUUCACGGCAGUCCGGAAGCGGCCUUUCGGUCUCUCGCCCCGGCAAACGGCGCCGUUGCAGAAGUAUCAGAUUGUGGAGAAGAUGUUAGAGCCAUGGACAUCGACACUCAUCGAUCUAUACUUCCAAAAAGUCAACAUCUGCUUUCCGCUUCUGGAUGAAGUGUCCUUCAAGCACCAGUUUCAAACCGCUAGAGACAGGAUAUCACCGGCCUUGUUGUCAGUUCUCUAUGCUCACUCGAUGAUCUUUUGGAAGAACUGUCCAGACUUGCCAUCGGAGUAUUGCCCUGAUUCCCGGUUCAUAUGGAACCAAGCAACCGAGACGCUCUUCUCUGAGCUACAUAUUUCACCCGGGAUCUCCACAAUUAUUGCCAUCAUUCUCAAUGUCGGGGGCAGGCCAACCACUUCCAUGAUCAUGAACGAGAUCCAGCUCGGUGCUGCUGUUUCAUUGGCACAGUCGUUAGGUCUCAAUCGCGAUCCAACCGACUGGAAUAUCUCUAUCCCUGAGAAGUGUUUGAGAAUGAAGAUAUGGUGGGCCUUGGUGGUUCAUGAUAAAUGGCUAAGUCUGGCUUACGGCACACCGCCUCAAAUCAAACGCUUCCAGUAUGAUGUUCCAGAUCCCACACUGGAGUUUCUCACAAGUAAAGACGCAAGCGAUGCGCAAAACGGAGCUGCUUCAGUUUUCAUAGCUCUCGUUACCUUGACAGGCGUUCUCGACAAGUACCUCGAGUUCGUAUACGACCUCAACCAGGACCGUGACCAAGAUAACGGUCAGACGUCUCUCGGGCUAGAACUCAGUCUUGGCCAAUGGGAAGAUUCUCUGAGCGACGACGUGAGAAGAAUCAUUACCCGCGGCAACAACCUACACAUCCCCGGCGCGGCAAACCUCCGGCUAGCUUAUCUGUCGACCAAGCUUCUCCGGAGAAGAAUUGAGCUCGAUAUUGAGAAACAAGAGGACGCAGCCCUUGGCGACGCACUAACCAACCGGUACAUCCAAGUUCGCCGGGCUGCCGAGGAGAUCGUUCUUCUCGUCCAGGAGUUGGAAGAGAUCCACCUCAGCGACUUUUGGUUGCCCGUCAGCGCGUUCGCGUUCACCUCGGCCAUCACGUUCCUAUUACGAUGCGCGCUAGAAACAGAGAACACGGCGGCUGGCCUGGCUCAAAGCGCGUCUUUGAGGCUGGCGAACAAUUUGAUUGAUUCAUUACAGUCGCAUCAGCAGAAGUCGGGUUGGGACCUGGGAGACCUCUGUUUGGCGCAGUACGCCGAGGUUGUCGAGAAGUUGAUGACGGCGGACAGUCCCUCUGCGACUGUGCCGGAGUUUCAGCAGUUGAUGAUGUCGUCAGAAGUUCCGAUUAUUGAUGAGCUUUUCCCGAACUUGUGGGAUAUGUUUUGA